AUGGCUCCACCAACAACUCACAUAUCCUCUUCAGACCUCAACGGCCUCAGCUCCAUCCACAACCUGCUAACAACAUUCAAAUACUUCGACUCAAACUCCGACGGCCUCAUCACCAUCAACGAGCUCGAGGCCAUCAUCGAAUCGCUCGGCUUCAGCUCCGUCGACACCGCCGUAACUAAUGAGGCUGCGGAGAUGAUGAAGCAAGGUGACACGGAUGGCGACGGAAUGCUAAGUUCUGAGGAUUUCAUUGGCUUGAUGGCCGGACAAAUGGAAGUUGGAGAGCUGGCCGAGCUACUAAAAGCUGCUUAUCCGGCGAUCGCCGGAGCUGGAGAGGAGGAGGUGAGGGGGGAGGAGCUCUACGAGGUGUUGAGUACCAUGGGGAGUGUUGUGAGUAUGGAUGAUUGCAUGGAUAUUAUUGCGUCUAUGGAUGGAGAUGGAGAUGGAGCUGUUUGUGUUGAUGACUUGAAACUGGUUGUUCAAGCUCUAUCUUAUACUUGA